AUACACAAUGCAGUUUCCAUGCAUACACAGAAGCAGAUUUAUUGAAUAUUAUAGAAUGAUAUAACAUGAGUAUAGAUAACAAUAAGAGUUCACAGCAUCAGGCAGGUGCCAGAAAGCAAGCGUCAUGUACAUGUUAUAUUGUAUAUUCCAUUAUAUAUUAUAUCUGGUUAAAAGCGUUAGUAAUUUAAGUAAAAGGGGUGGAUUCCAUUAAUACUAUUGCUUUAUUGAAAUCAAGCAGGCCUGGAGCUCAUCUGAGAUUAUACAACUGGUUAUAGACUCCCCCUGCAGUGGCCACUAGUGGUGGAAUGGAGUAUUACAGCAGCCUUUCAAAUAAAGAACACACGCACGAUCCCCAGACAGUCACUUGCUCUAUACUCCAGGGGGCGCUGUCACGAUGCCGCAGAGGAUGUCCAUGGAGCGCCAGGCGUAUUUGGUGCCGCUCAUCCAGCCAGAUCUCCGCAGGGAAGAGACCAUACAGCAGAUCACAGCCACCCUGCAACAACUACAGUGCGUGUCCAAUGACAUCUUCAACAGGAUCCUGCAGAGGGUGGAGACCAACAGGGGCCAACUGAGGAGCAUCAACGAGCGCAUGAGCCUGGCACAGGCCAAGAUCGAGAGGGUGAAGGGCAGCAAGAAGGCCAUCAAGGUCUUCUCCAGCGCCAAGUACCCGGCCCCGGACCGCCUGCAGGAAUACACCUCCGUCUUCUCGGGGGCCAAUGAUAUACAAUCAGAGAAGAAAGCAAAACAGAAGAUCCAGAGUAAACACCGAGCGCUGGACGAGCAGGACCUACAGGAAAAACUCAAGUACUAUCCAGUGUAUGUGAGCCCGAAAGGGCAAGAAGAGGAUGUGGCGGAGGAGGGGCUGGGCAGUCUGCCCCGAAACAUUAACUCCGUCAGCUCCCUGCUGCUCUUCAACACCACCGAGAACCUCUAUAAGAAGUAUGUGUUCCUGGAUCCUCUGGCCGGAGUGGUGACCCGUACUAACCAGCCUCUAGAGGGCGACGAUGAGGACCGGCUGUUUGAUGCCCCUCUCUCUAUCUCUAAGAGGGAGCAGCUGGAGCGGCAGACGGCAGAGAAUUACUUCUAUGUUCCGGAUCUUGGUGAAGUCCCGGAGAUCGACGUUCCGUACUAUCUGCCUGAUCUUCCCGGAGUGGCCGAUGACCUCAUGUACAGUGCCGACCUGGGUCCUGGCAUCGCCCCCUCUGCUCCUGGGGGUCCCAUUCCUGAUCUCCCCACCUUCGGCACUGAGGAGGUCACAGAGCCUUCACGGCCAGAUGCCCAAGAUGGCCGCCUCCUGCCGCCGCCGCCACCACCUCCUCCUCCUCCACCCCCUCCGCCUGCACCGCCAUCAGUGUCUCCACCUGCCCCACCGCAGCCGCCGCCAUCACAGGUCGUCCUGCCUCUGCCAACGGGAACAGACGAGACUGCGGAUACUGCCUCCAUCCAGGGAGCCCCCAAAGAGGUGGUGAAGCCCUCGGACGGGCGCGCGUCGCUCCUGGAGUCCAUUCGCCAGGCGGGCGGCAUCGGGAAAGCCAAACUGCGCAACGUCAAGGAGAAGAAGCUGGAGAAGAAAAAGAUGAAGGAGCAGGAACAAGUGGGGGCCACCGGGGACGGAGGAGACCUCAUGUCCGACCUGUUCAACAAGCUGGCAUUGAGGCGUAAAGGCAUCUCUGGGAAGGGUCCGGCUGCCGGAAGCGGCGAUUCCCCUGCCGGAGCGUUUGCCAGAAUUUCGGACACCAUACCGCCCCUCCCCCCGCCGCAGAUGACGCCGGGAGAAGCGGACGAGGAUGAAUGGGAGUCCUGAGGUUGGUGGAGCGCAGAGAAUAUAGGACUCUCCGCGCACCAAUCGCCGUCCCUCACGGUGUUAAACGCAAAACAGCCGCGACGUACACAACAAUAUAAUAAAACUUUACAUUUCA